GUGCUCUAAGCGAAUUGACGUGUUUUAGGCCAUAAAACAUUUUUUGUUACAUACAGCAAACAUACCGUCACUAUCUGCUAGCUACCCGUUCCCUGAUCACACUGUAAAAAAACGCGGUCUCUGUAGACAGUGCAGGCUUCUCAAACUGCAAUACAAACAAAAUGGCCAAACCUAAACCAACGAAGCAUAACAAACAAGUUCCAGCCAAUAAACGACUAGAAGGAUUUGGGGGUGGGUUUUGGGGCGUUAGUGCGCGUGCACAUGAACGGGGUGUGAGGACUGGAGUAGUGAGAAGCGUGAGGUCAAGAUAACUCUCGUAGAAAGGCGACAAUAAAAACUGAAUUUUGGAUAUGGCCGAUACACGGCCAAAGAGACGACGUUCCGCUGAACAAAGGGCAAAGUUGGCAGAAAAGCAAAAGGAACGUUCGAAGUCCCGGAUUUACAUCGGAAAAGCCUUCGAAAGGUGGCGAGAACUCCGCGGGCAGAAAGGCUUCCAAUCCGAUGUACAGGUGGCUCUGUUUUUGCUGGACAGCUACAAGACGGACAAAUAUACCUCUACGCCAUUCAAGGCUGGGACCAUGAUACCUUCCCCACCACAAUUAUCUAGCAUUGGCUCCCAGUCCUUGUCCGGACGAGAUGAGUUUGCCAUGCAGGGAGUGCAAUAUAUGGACGGGAGCACUGUAUCAGUAGUUGAACAGUUGGAAGCCAGUAUGUCAUCAGUUGAUCUGAAUGAGACCACAGUCACUGCACAUACAUUCGACGAGAAUGUCUUCAAUGACCUUAGGAAUGCCACUAUAGACUGUGAGGACACCCUAACCUGUCCAGACGAGGACCCAUUAGAUGUUGCUGAUGAUUACCAAGAGGAAACCAGUGGUUCAGAUAGUGAUCCAGACUAUGUACCAAGGAUUUAUGUCAGGACUGGUGGGGUCUUGGAGACACAAUUGAACUUGGAUGAUGUUCCUGAAAUGAAUAUGGAAGACACAUUGUAUGAUAUUGAAGACAUUGAGGAGGAAGAGGAAAACACCUUAACUGAUGAUCAACCACAUCCUGGUUUUAUAAAAGUUUUAAAUGAAGAUGACAUCAUUGGUGUACCAGCCUCAAUAGUAUACCACAGCAGUCUGAAGCAACUUGUGCAUUAUUUGGACAUUCCAGUCAGAGCAUGUACAGCGAUGAACCGAACCACCAAAAAAUGUUGUGGCGCACCCAAACCGUUUGAGGUGGUUGUCCGGGAAAGAGGCACUGCUGCAGUUGUUGAAUGGAUAUGUCUACGUGGGCACGUUGUUUGGAAGUGGUUUUCGCAGCCAAAGUUCUCACAAGGAAUGCACGCCGGCGAUUUUCUUCUUAGCACCAACAUAUUGUUGUCCGGAAACAAUUACACAAAAAUUGCUCUGCUAUUCAAGUUCAUGAAUAUGCGAAUGGUAAACCAGACAACUUUCUUCAGGAUCCAGGAUCACUUCUGUAUCGACACGAUAAUUGGUUAUUGGGAAACAAAAAGAACAGAAAUCAUCAGGCAGCUUCAAUCAAAGCAAAGUGUUGUGGCCCUGGGAGAUGGCCGGAUGGACAGUCCUGGUUUCUGCGCACAGUACUGUUCAUACUCUGUCAUGGACAAUGACACCAAAAAAAUCAUUUCAAUUGUCAAUAUUGACAAGAGGGAGACGGCAAGAAAUUCAGUGGCCAUGGAGAAGGAGGGGUUUCUCCGAACAUUUGAUGACCUCUGUCGAAAUGUCACGCUGACUGAGAUAUGCACGGAUGCCAACACACAGAUUUCAGCUCUUUUCAAUCCAAAGACAGGGCUGUUAAAAGAUAAGGGUGUUCUCCAUUCUCUCGAUGUCUGGCAUGGUUCAAAAAAUCUUUCCAGAAGGCUGACAGCGCUAGGCCAACAGAAGGGGUGCUCUAUUCUUCUGGAAUGGUGUAAAGACAUCUGCAACCAUUUUUGGCACUGUUGCAAGACUGCUGAGAACUAUGAUGAAUUCUUUGACAUGUGGGUCGGCCUACUCCACCAUGUAACCGGGGAGCAUUCUUGGGCUCUGGGUAGCUGCCAUCACGGUCCCCUUGUGGAGCCAAGGGAAAAAGAAUGGAUAGAGCCUAACUCAGAAGCCCAUCAGAAACUCCGUGAAAUAAUUCUUGAUGCACGAUGGCUUAAGGAUGUUCCUAAGUAUUUACAUUUCAGAUCAACUGCAGACCUUGAGUCAUUCCAUAAUCACAUAUUAAUGUACGCCAGCAAACGUUUCUGCUUCACACAUGCAGUGUACAGUGCACGAGUCUGCCUUGCCGCUCUUGACUACAAUCACCACAUCAACAGAGCACCAAAGAAAAAACGAGAUGGCAGUCUUCAGUAUGCCAAGCUAUACAGCAAACGGUCCAGGAGAUGGCGGCUGUACUCAGUAAAGGUCAAGAAAGACUACAAUUACAUCACAGAGCUCCUGGUCGCUAUUGUCUUGAAAAGGCUGGCAUCCGCAGCGCUUCCCCUUAGGGCAACAAAAAGACCUGGUGACCCAAGAAGACUUGGAGUCCUGUCAGGUGUGACAGCACCUUCAACGGAGGAGCUUCUAAGGACACAGCACACUAGAGGAAUCGGGCACCCAGAAGCACCAGAAUGAGGGCCAACUCCACAUGUUGCUGUUGUGAACGACGCACUUUAUACUUUUUUUUCCUGACACUACUUGAAAUAAAGAAAGUUGACUCAA